AUGGGGAGUUGCGUUUACAACAUAUGUUUCUUCUUCUGUAUACUUCCUUUGGUCUUCUGUCAGCCAGCUUCAAACCAGACGACCAUAAUGAUCAGUGUUUCUCAGCAGUUGGACAUCGCAAAUUCACCCUGGGAUGCUUCAAGGGAGCGAAACCCCUGCCUUUGGAAAGGAGUUACAUGCAGCAGCCCCCACAACAACUCCAUACUCUCUCUUUCUUUAUCCGGCGGUUCUGUUCCUAGCCGCCUUGGAAAAUCCAAGGUUUUGGAACGACUGGAGCUUUCUGUGAAUAACUUCACAGGUAUGAUUCCUAGAGAUAUUGGGACGUAUGGGAAUUCGAUCCUGAUUGAUCUUAGUGGGAAUAGACUUACUGGAAGUAUUCCUGAAUCUAUCGGGAACCUUACCAGUUUGCAAACCCUUAUUCUAUCUUCCAAUCAGUUGAGUGGGCCAAUUCCUGCAGGCCUUUUACAUGUAACAACACUGCAGCUGUUCUCAGCCAAUGAAAACAAGUUAGGUGGUACAAUUCCUAGUAAUAUCACAAAUUCACUCAAGAUUUUAGAUCUUAGUUAUAAUGAAAUUACUGGCAGAAUUCCAUCGGAGUUUCUGUCGGCUUCAAAGUUGCAGACUGUGGAUUUGUUUUAUAACAUGUUGGAUGGACCAAUACCUGAAAGCAUAUCUUCAAGUUUGGUCAGAUUGAGGUUGGGAAGUAAUUUUCUCAGUGGUCCAAUCUCUUCUGCAAGAUUUGGAUCGUUUCAGAAUUUGAGGAAUUUGGAGUUAGAUAACAACAACUUUACUGGAAUGAUACCUCCUGAAAUUGGUUCUUGCCCAAAAUUGGUAUUGUUGAACUUGGCUCAGAAUCAGCUUAAUGGAACAUUGCCAGUGGAGUUAGGUAAUCUUACAAAUCUUCAGGUUCUGAAACUGCAACUCAACAAGCUUGAUGGUGAAAUCCCAAGUCAGAUUGGACGACUAAAUAUGCUAACCAUACUUAAUAUCAGCUGGAAUUCAUUAAAUGGCAUCAUACCUUCUUCAAUUUCAAAUUGUGGAAAGCUUCUUAUCCUGAACUUGCAAGGCAACAAUCUCAUUGGUUCUAUACCAGAUAAUAUCGGUAACUUGGAUUCUCUGGUAGAACUCCAGCUCGGAGAAAAUAAAUUGAAUGGUAGGAUUUCCUUCAUGCCACAAAAGUUGCAAAUUUGUUUGAAUCUCAGCAGCAAUCUCUUUGAAGGAUCUAUUCCAAAGGCUCUUUCUGGACUGAUGAAUUUGGAAGUUUUGGAUCUCUCUAACAACAAAUUCUCAGGUGAAGUUCCUAAUUUCCUGGUUGAAUUGCCCUCACUGACACAGCUAAUACUUUCCAAUAAUCAGCUAUCUGGAGUUGUUCCUAAUUUCGGUAAACAUGUUUCUAUCAAUAAAAGUGGGAAUCCAGGGCUUCGUUCUGAAUCAAAUAAUUCUCCAGAACCAGAAUUGCCUCCAAAGAAAGACUCGAUUGCUCUAAUAAUUGGAGUGGGAAUUGCAGCGUUGUUUUACUUCUUCUUUUUCUCAUUUCUUUUUUUCCACUUGCUCUUCCAGCCUCAACAAAAGCCAAACCAGAGAGAAACACAAAGAAAUCGCAACACCAAAUGAGCGGAAAGUUUAAGCAUGUAUUUCUUAUUCUUCUUUUAAUUAAUUAAGUUAAUUAUGUUAGAAUAUAAUUUUGUUAUAGUAUGAUUAAUCAAAUAAGAAAACAAUAUUUAUUGAAGUUAUCUUUAAUUAGCAAAUUGCAAAGUUUUUAAAUAAAAUGAUUUUUUACACAAAAUAUCUUUUUGGUGUUUACAUAACAU